GCCAAUGUACAUAGUGUUAUUAGAUGCGUUACGUCCAAGCAUGUCUGUUUUCCGCUCAUUUUUACAAUUGCUGCAAUAUCUUUGGCGGUGUCUCUGAUAGAAUUUUCUGGGAUGACUACACCUGCAUGGACUGGUCACGACUCCAUGCAGAAGCCAUCGCAAUUUUCUUACUCUGUUAAAAGUGAACUAAAAAUGUGGAAAGAUUGGAAACCAGCGGUAGCCAGGCGAGAUUUUUUGGAGACACCCACAGAAAAAUUAACAGAAUUGCAAUAUCAAAAUAUGGACCCUGUUCCGAAAAUUAAACUCCCGUUUGUGACAAUGAAUAAAAAACGAGUUAAGAAAAAAUCCUCGAAGAAGAAAAUAGCAAAGACGACGACAAACAUUCCAACGACUACUCUGACUUCUAGAACGAUGAAAACUACAAAAAACGCCCAGUCGAUAUUGCGUCAUUUGCCACAAAUACAUGUAAACAUAUCAAAGGAUGACGUAGGAAAUUUGACGCAAUUUGAAUCAGCAUUAGACGACGUUUUAUAUCCUUUUGUUAGUGACACAAGCAACAGCACUCAUACCAAAUUUGAACUGUUACCAGAACAAACAAAAGGUGUCAUAAUCGUAACGAACUAUCGGUCAGGUUCAACAUUUCUUGGACAAUUAUUUAAUCAACAUCCACAAGCCUUUUAUACGUUUGAACCUCUAUUUCCCUUCGGGUGGAACUGCACGUCAGAGGUUCAACGUCGUGUUUCGGUGCUACACAAUAUGUUAAAAUGCAAUUUCCCGGACUUGAAAACACUGUAUAAUGAGAUUGGUGUCGAUAUCAAGAACUUGAAAGUACUGACAGAUCCCAAUGUGCAUGCGAAAUGUAUUGAAAACAAUUUUUGCUUCAGGUAUAAUCACAAAGAUUUAUGUUCAAAAGACAUAUGCCCAAAAGGAAAUGUUGCAUCAUGUUCGCAGUGCGGUCCCGUCGAUCUUGGUCUGGUAAACAACAAAUGCAGGUCACGGAAAAUUUCCGCUAUUAAAGUCAUAAAACUCUGUCAUAUAAAGAGUUUGGAACCAAUUAUUCGGGAUCCAAGUAUAGAUUUCAAGAUUAUCCACCUCGUCCGAGAUCCACGUGGCAUCGCUAGCUCUCGGUUAAAAAUUCAUAAUGAUUGGGAAAUUGUUGGCAAUAUUGCCUCCGUAUGUGAUCAACAUGCAACAAAUGUGCGGGCGGGAAGAAAUGUCCAUUGGUUGCAAGACCGAUACAAACUUGUCAGAUAUGAAGAUAUGGCAACAAAUCCUAUAGGUAUGGCAAAAGAAAUCUAUGAUUUUAUCGGAUUGCCCUUUGUCGACAGCGUUCGAUCCUGGAUAAACCGGAACACACAGUUACGAAAAAAGCAAGAUAGUGUACGCGCUAAAAGACAUUUCAAUACAAAAGAAUAUGAUGCAGCAAAAGAUCCGUAUUCAACACAGAGAGACUCUAACACCGCCAUGCAGGCAUGGAGAAAGCACCUUACAUUUCAUACUAUUAACAGAAUACAAAAACGGUGUUUUGAAGCGCUCAGGAGUUUAGGUUACAAAGAUUUUAAAAAUGAAGAAGAUUUACUUAAUCUUAAUAUAAGUGCUAUAAUAAAUACAUGACAUCUUAUUAGUUCGGCACGCUUAUUCUAGUACUGAAUUUCUUUACGAAGUUGCCGAAAUCGGUAUCAAAGGCCACUGUCAUUGAGAACAACCAGCUCUUCUCGCAUCGAAUCAACAGUUGAUCGGCCCGGACACGUAGUGGAUAAAUUAUCGGCGUGUGGCCCGACUGUGAAGGGCUGAAAUAUGCUGCAAUAAAUUUAUGUAAUUGCAUUUUUGUACUUGAACGCAAUAUCUUUUCUUUAUUAUGUAAUCAAAUUUUAAUGUCACAUACUAAUAUUCGCAAAAUAUUAAUAU